UAGUGUUUGUUUUAUAUUAUUUUAUUUUGAUCAUUUAUUUAAUAUAUCCAUUUAUUUGAAAGGAUUUAAAUGAAUACUAUAUAUAAAUGUUAAAUAUUCGAUAUAUUAUGCUGAUUCAUCUCUAUGUUUUACCAUCGUGUGAAUCGUUAAUGGUCUAUAGACAAAAUGAGUCUCUUUGCAAGUUUAAGCAUAAAGAUUACUUUGUUGACUCCGGUUCUGGGGAUUAUGAAGACAUUAAACAAGAGUCGUAUUCUUUAUCCAUAAUGGGUGAUAUGACUUUUGAUAUUGAGCCUGGAAAAUGCCGUAUUGAAAUAUUGAUUAGGAUUUUCCCAAAUACCAUUUUAGAUAUCUGGAUUGAUGGUGACAAUUUUAGGGCUAAAUUAACGAGCACAUCAUUUUUUCCCGAAACGCGUUUUUGGCCGUCUUGGAUCAGUAUUAGUAAAAGUGCAACAUCUACAAAACCUUUUGCCACAUAUGUUGUUCUCAUCAAAGACCCCAAAAACAUAAUAAUAUUUAAGUGCAUCAAAUUGCUCACUCUGGAAGUCAAAUAUCUAUAAAUAUCAUAUUUGUUUUAUCGAGAUUCAAUUAUUUAUGUUAUUAUGCUAAAUUUUGA